ACUAUUGAAGCUGUUGAAAUUAAUGAUGAUUAUCCCACAUCUAAUGAUUUUUUAUUUUCAAGAAGAAGAAUGUCAAACAAACGAAAAUAUACAAAGUACACAAACACGAUUGAAUCCGAAUUAGAACAAUAUGAAAGCGAGUCUUCUGAAGGUGAACCUUUUGAAGAAUUCAUAACCGAUAAUGAAAGGAAUGGAAUACUAUAUUGGGAAUCGUUGUUAAAAAAAUUUCCAACACUUAGUAAAAUGGCACACGAUUAUCUAAGUAUUAAACCUUCAAGUGUUUCUAGUGAAAAGGCAUUUUCAAAGGCUGGUUUUACAAUCACUAAUGAUAGAGCGACUCUCAGCGAAAAUACUGUUUCUAGCAUGAUACUUAUGCAUUUGUGGCUGGUAAAAAGCCAAAAGAAGUUUAGUCCCCUUAAAGAUCUUCCUUAA